UCAUUAAUCGGAGGAGCUUAGAAACAAAUGACGGAUGAGAGAGAGAGAGAAAUUUCUUCACGAAGCUACGGAAUAGUCAGACCCACCUCCCAAUUCUCUCACUAAACGUAUCUAUCUCUCUUCUUCUCAAAGCAAAUUAAUAUUUGUUCUGUGAAUUGUUUGAAUCUCGUAGGCUGAUCUGCAAUAGAGCACCAACCGCGAAGCUUCAUAAGCUUGCUUGAAAUCGUUCACGAGGAGGAUUAAAGUUCUGGGUUUUCUUUAUAGCAAAAUUUAGGGUUUAGGAUUGGAUUAGAAUUUUGAGCUUAAAGGUUACAAUUCUUAUAUACAUAUAUAUAUAUAUAUAUGUAUAUGUAUAUGUAUAUAUAGAGAGGAUUGAAAAUCAUGUUAUCUAAUCAUCUUCAGAACGGUAUAGAGAGUGCGAAACUGGCCUGGUCUCGGCUGCCGAAUUCGGAGGAUGGUGCGGCGGAUGAGGUCGGCAUAUCGAAGAAAACUGAUGGAAACAGUGUAGAGAGUCUCGACUAUGAAGUGAUUGAGAAUUGGGCGUAUAGGGAAGAGCAGGCACAGAGAGGAAAGCUUUACGUUGGAUAUUAUGUGGCAGUGAAAUGGUUCUUUGCGCUGCUCAUUGGCAUUGGUACUGGAUUAGCUGCUGUUUUCAUUAAUAUUUCGGUUGAGAACUUUGCUGGAUGGAAGUUCUCAUUGACUUUUUCUAUAAUACAAAAGUCCUACGUGGCUGGAUUUGUAGUAUAUAUAUUAAUCAACUUGGUUUUAGUCUUCUCUUCUGUAUAUAUUGUCACACAAUUCGCACCAGCAGCUGCAGGAUCCGGUAUUCCUGAAAUCAAGGGUUAUUUGAAUGGCGUUGAUUCACAUGGCAUCCUUCUUUUCAGAACUUUGAUUGGAAAGAUAUUUGGAAGCAUUGGUUCUGUGGGAGGUGGUCUGGCCCUUGGCAAAGAGGGUCCUCUUGUUCAUACUGGUGCAUGCAUUGCUUCUUUGUUGGGACAAGGUGGAUCAACAAAAUAUCAUCUAAGUUUGAGGUGGCUACAAGUUUUUAAAAGUGAUCGAGAUCGCCGUGAUCUUGUAACCUGUGGAUGUGCAGCUGGAGUCGCUGCUGCUUUCAGAGCUCCAGUUGGUGGUGUGCUAUUUGCAUUAGAAGAGGUUACAUCUUGGUGGAGGAGUCAACUUAUGUGGCGUGUCUUCUUCACUUCUGCUAUUGUGGCUGUUGUGGUCCGUACUGCAAUGGGGUGGUGUAAGAGUGGAAAGUGUGGACAUUUUGGCUCUGGCGGCUUCAUAAUAUGGGACACCUCUGAUGGUCAAGAGGAUUACUCAUUUGAAGAGUUAUUGCCAAUGGCAAUUAUUGGUGUUAUAGGAGGUCUUCUCGGAGCCUUAUUCAAUCAGCUUACUCUUUACAUAACUCACUGGCGUCGAAAUUAUCUACAUUUGAAAGGAAAUCGAGUCAAAAUUAUUGAAGUGUGUCUUAUUUCGGUGAUUACUUCAAUUAUUUCCUUUGGAUUGCCACUUUUUAGAAAAUGCAGUUCCUGCCCUGAACCAGAUCUUAGUUCUGGUAUUGAAUGCCCUCGCCCGCCGGGAAUGUAUGGGAAUUAUGUGGAUUUUUUUUGUGGCAAGGACAAGGAAUAUAACGACCUUGCAACUAUUUUCUUCAAUACUCAGGAUGAUGCCAUACGUAAUUUGUUUAGUGCAAAAACCAUUCAUGAGUACAGUGCCCAAACCCUGCUGAUUUUUUUGGUUAUGUUUUAUUCCUUAGCAGUGGUGACUUUUGGUACCGCCGUUCCAGCUGGUCAAUUUGUCCCUGGAAUAAUGAUUGGAUCAACAUAUGGGCGACUUGUUGGCAUGUUUGUCGUUAGCUUUUACAAGAAGCUUAACAUUGAAGAGGGAACGUAUGCUUUAUUGGGAGCUGCUUCUUUUCUUGGAGGUUCCAUGCGGAUGACUGUUUCACUUUGUGUCAUUAUGGUUGAAAUUACCAAUAACUUGAAGCUCUUACCUCUUAUCAUGCUUGUUCUUCUUAUAUCAAAGGCUGUUGGUGAUGCAUUCAAUGAAGGCUUGUAUGAAGAACAGGCUCGCUUGAGGGGCAUUCCGUUACUUGAGUCGAGGCCUAAAUACCAAAUGCGGAAUAUGAAGGCAAAGGAGGCCUGUGGUAAUCAAAAGGUUGUCUACUUCCCUCGCGUUGUUAAGGUUAUGGAUGUUGUUUCUAUGUUGAGAAGCAACAAUCACAAUGGCUUCCCUGUUAUAGAUCACUCGAGGAGUGGAGAAACCAUAGUCAUUGGACUCAUGCUUCGCAGUCAUCUGUUGGUACUUCUGCAGUCUAAGGUAGACUUCCAGCAUAAUCCUUUGCCCUGUGAUCCAAGAGGUGGUACAUUGCCAAUCAGGCACAACUUCAGCGAAUUUGUGAAACCUGUUUCCAGUAAAGGAAUAUGCAUUGAUGAUAUUCAUUUAAGUCCAGAUGACCUGGAAAUGUACAUAGAUCUUGCCCCAUUUGUGAACCCCUCCCCAUAUAUAGUCUCUGAAGACAUGUCUUUAACAAAGGUGUAUAAUCUUUUCCGCCAAUUAGGAUUGAGGCAUAUAUUUGUUGUUCCUCGUGCUUCUCGUGUUCUUGGCAUGCUUACCAGAAAAGAUUUGUUAAUUGAGGAUAAUGAGGAUUCGACUGCUGUAGAACUUCAAUCGACCAGUGUAAGAUCUCGGCGGACUGACAAAAGAGUGAUUUCGAGGAAUGCAGAUGCAGAGCUCCCACUCCUUGGUCUUCUGGGUCAAGACUCCAGCUGACCUUGCUGUCCGGUCGACUGACUAAUUCUUUAUUCUGGUUCCUCCAAUCUUUUUUGGUUCCCCUUCUUUUUUUCUUUUUUUUCUUUUUAUUUUUUUUGUUUAAGUUGAAAUCUAUUUUCUUUUCAUACAUAUCAGGGGGUUAUGAACCGAGAGAACCUUGAUUCUUGUAUUUUAUAUGGUCAUACAAGGAAAAGAUAUAAAGCAUAGUGGAAUGGUGGAGAAAAUUGUUGCCUGACA